AUGCCGACCUUUAUUGCGGCACGCCGCACGCACUCAGCCAGACGGAGGCCGCUGCUUCUUGAACUGCGAAAGCCACUGCGCUGCCUGAUAAGCUGCUUGCUAUGGCUGCCGUGUUUCCAACUGCCGCAUCUGAGCUAUGUGGGAAAACCCAUGGCUCAAGUUCGCCCCCAUGGAGAGAGACAGCUGCGGACGACCAUGUUCGUGCGAGAGAGGAGGGGGUCGCUGUGGCGGAAGAACAGCAACUCCAAGGCUCCUGUGGUGGCAUCAGGAGGCAAGAAGGCGGCAAAGAUUUUGACCUCUAGGAUCAACAAGGCUCCGACAGCUACGGAGUUGCUCAAUGUGUUGAAUGAGGCCGUGGAUUUUCCUGAUUUCAACUACUUCCACAUCUCAACAGCAUAUCACACGUUGGCAAUGUUUCACCGGAAUGGAUUGUUGCAAGGACUUUGUGAAAGCCCGGUGCUGCCCAAGCUUCACACUCGGACUAAAACCAUUAUGAUGUCGCAACAGAUAAACCCACAGGCUUCGGCCAACGUGCUUUGGGCAAUGGCAGUAAUAGUUGACACGAUUCCCGGAACGACUCAGUUGCUGCCAGCAUUGAUAAAAGUUUUCCCUGAGAAAGCAGCUGGCAUGGAUGAACAGGAGUUGGCCAACUGUUUGUGGGCAUCAGCACAAUUGAAGGAUGUCGCUCCUGAUGUGCUGAAGGUCGUGCAAGCACUCAUUGCCCAAACUCCAAGCAGAGCUGUUGACAUGAAGCCUCAAGAAUUGUCGAACUCUUUGUGGGCAUCAGCACAUUUGAAGGAUCACAUUUGA